UUUAGCCACUAAAUCAUGAAUUCAUGAUUCAUGUUUAUAACAUGGUCAAUUUGCAUUAAAUUAAUUGUUAAUGUUGUUUUAUUACAGUGUAAUGAAGGCUAAUAUUAUCAAGGAAGAGCCUAAAUGUACCCAAAUGACAAUUUUUUAUGAUGGGAAAAUAAUUGUGUUUGAUGAUAUUCCAGCUGAAAAAGUCGAGGACAUCAUGGUCUUUUCCUCCGAAGGAACUACAACCUCUCGAAACCACAAAAAUAACAACUAUGCUUUCAGAUUUGCUCAGAGCCACCCAUCAUUUCUUGCUAGAAAUUCUGCCAACAAUUCUGUUCAAGUACCGUCCUCACCUGUUAUUUAUGAUUUACCAAUGACUAGGAAAGCUUCACUUCAUCGGUUCUUGGAGAAAAGGAAGGAUAGAAUUGCUGCAAAGGCACCAUAUCAAACAAGUAACCCAACAAACCUUAAUAAGCCAAUUAACGAAUUCAUGUCAUGGCUCUCCUUGGCACCACAAAUCAGAAUGACUUGGUCUUAGUCCUAUGCUCACAAAAAUAUGCCUAAAUAUUUGUGAAUGUUGUGGCUCAUGCUUAUUAGUACGGUGGGGUUUAAUAUGGAAAAGGGAAGUUCUUUCCCAUCAUGGGAAAGUCGAACUAAAGCCAUAGAUUUAAUAUUUUUUUAUUUGGAUGGCUAAGAUCCAUGACCUGGUAAUUGUUCUAACUUUUUGCUUGGUAUUGUGAAACAAAGUGGUGGACCCCACCAAUUGAUUAAAU